GUAGCCCACUCGCGCCCCUGCUCAAUGGAACAACCAUCAGACGCCUCAGGCGCAAGUUAGCAAAACCCUCCGGAAAGAUUCUUUCAUUCGCUUUUUCCCCAGCGUUCAAAAACAGCGAAACGAGAAAAAGAAAAUAACAAAUCUCAGAAACCCUAGCUCAAAAAUCACUUCCACAAGGUCCAAAGGAAGAAGGAAACGCUUGCAGCAGCAGAAUCGGAUCAUGUCUGCGCUUUUCAAUUUCCAUUCAUUUCUGACGGUGGUGCUGCUAGUAAUCUGCACCUGCACCUAUGUCAAGAUGCAGUUUCCGACCAUCCUCGAACAGAAGACUGGGUUUCGAGGUUUCUUUUGGAAAGCAGCCAGAAUAGGUGAGCGGUUGAGUCCCUGGGUGGCCAUGGGGUGCUUUGCAAUGGGCAUAUCUAUCAUUGUCUUUUGAGAACUGAAGGUGUUUGUUUAGUUCAAUCAUUUCUCGAUCGGUGGCACAGCAAGCAAUUUACACCUUCAAGGUCUUAGGCUCAACGUUCUCCCAUGUCUUGUGUGAUAUAAGGAUAUGAUAAUUGUCAGUUCGGGUCCGGUGAUAGAGGAUGGAUGUUGUGUGGUCGCCUUGUAUCCAGUGGCUUCUCUUUAUUGCUGAUGACAGCUGCUAACGAUUUUUUAAAAAUCUUUUUUGGAUUGUAAA